ACAAGCGCACAUCAGAAUAUCUGAGUUUAUCAGCUUAUGAGUUUGGUUGCGCCCUGAAUAUGGUAAUUCGACAGAUUAAAACUUCAUGUAAACAUCAGUAUAAAAUUCCAUCCAACCAGUGUGUUGUGAGUAAAGGGUUAUACAGUGACAUCUUGUGGCUGAUUUGUGAAGUUCACAUUGACUGGACUCCGGAUUCCAGCCAGAACUGUUGUGUUUGCGGACGUUAUGAUGCUCAGAUCCCGCUGGAUUCGGUCUCUGGCGUCUGCUACUAUACCUGCAAACUGCAGUCUGCUCAGUGGAGCUUUCUUUAAAAAAGACACAACUCCGAGUCUCACUGUCUCUGUAGGGCGGGACUGUGGACACACACCUACACACACUGACAGCUACUAUAGACUUCUACGCUGCACUGCGUCCCAGGACAGAUUCAGGAUUUGUGCAGCAGCCCGUUUCAGUAUGGCAUCCGGGAGCAAUGGACGAGAGAGUUUGCACCCACCAAAACACACAAAUCGCCUGAACAAAGAGAAAUCCCCAUACCUACAGCAGCAUGCCCAUAACCCUGUGGACUGGUUUCCCUGGGGUCAAGAGGCAUUCGACAAAGCAAAAAGUGAAGAUAAACCCAUUUUUUUAUCAGUGGGCUACUCGACUUGUCACUGGUGCCACGUCAUGGAGAGAGAGUCAUUUGAGGAUGAGGAGAUUGGCAAGAUCCUCAGUGACAAUUUUGUCUGUAUAAAGGUUGACAGAGAGGAGAGACCUGAUGUGGACAAAGUCUACAUGACAUUUGUACAGGCGACUAGUCAAGGCGGUGGCUGGCCAAUGAGUGUUUGGCUUACUCCAGAUCUGAGACCAUUUAUUGGGGGCACAUACUUCCCUCCAAAAGACCUGGGGAGGAGACCUGGAUUUAAAACCGUGCUUAUGCGUAUUAUGGAGCAGUGGCAGGAAAACAGAGAAGUGCUUGAGUCCAGUGGGGAACGGGUGAUGGAUGCUCUGCAGAAGGCCACAGCCAUUUCUGCUCAUGCAGAAGAAACUCUACCCUCAGCUCUAGAUGUGGCUCACAGAUGUUUCCAACAGCUGGCUCGCUCAUAUGAGGAGGAGUAUGGAGGAUUCAAUGAUGCACCCAAGUUCCCCACGCCAGUGAACCUAAUGUUCCUGAUGUCAUACUGGUCUGUAAAUCGUGCCUCCUCGGAGGGAGCAGAGGCACUGCAGAUGACUCUUCACAGCCUCCGAAUGAUGGCUUUAGGGGGAAUUUAUGACCACGUGGCUCAGGGUUUUCACAGAUACUCUACGGACUCGUCUUGGCAUGUGCCCCACUUUGAGAAGAUGCUGUAUGAUCAGGCCCAGCUGGCAGUGGCCUACAUCACUGCAUAUCAGGUGUCCGGUGAGCGCUUAUUCGCAGAUGUGUCCCGCGAUGUGUUGCACUACGUCUCCAGAGAUCUUAGCCACCAGUCUGGUGGCUUCUACAGCGCUGAGGAUGCAGACUCAUUGCCCACGGCUGAGUCCAGCGAGAAGAGAGAGGGAGCGUUCUGUGUGUGGACAGCUGCGGAGAUCAGGGAGCUGCUCUCAAACACGGUGGUGGAGGCCACUGGGGGUGCAACACAAGCUGACAUCUUCAUGCAUCAUUACGGUGUUAAAGACCAAGGCAACGUACAGCCAGAGCAGGAUCCACAUGGAGAGCUGCAGGGUCAGAAUGUGCUGAUCGUGCGUUAUUCAGUGGAGCUCACUGCUGCGCACUUUGGCCUGAGUGUGAACAAGCUGACUGAAGUGCUGGCCAGUGCCAGAGCCAAACUGGCCGAUGUGCGCGGAUCACGGCCUCCACCUCACCUGGACACUAAGAUGUUAGCCUCAUGGAAUGGGCUGAUGCUGUCAGGAUUUGCCCGAGUGGGGGCAGUAUUAGGAGACCAGACUCUGCUUCAGAGAGCAGAACAGACUGCACAGUUUCUCCGAAAGCACCUGUGGGAUGAAGAGGGACAGCACAUGCUGCACUCAUGUUACCGAGGCGACAACAUGGAGGUCGAGCAAACUGCCUCGCCAAUUUCUGGGUUCCUGGAUGACUACGCUUUCGUGGUGAGCGGUCUCCUGGAUUUGUUUGAAGCUACACACACAGUUCAGUGGCUUCAAUGGGCUGAGAAGCUACAGAACAGGCAGGACCAGCUCUUCUGGGAUGCCCAGGGAAGUGGCUACUUUUGCAGUGACCCUUUAGACCCCACCAUACUCCUGUCCCUCAAACAGGAUCAGGAUGGUGCAGAACCCAGUGGAAACUCUGUCUCUGCAAUGAACCUGCUGCGCCUCUCCCACCUGACGGGCCGACAAGAGUGGAUGCAGCGCUCUCAGCAACUGCUGACUGCCUUCUCUGAUAGGCUAUUGAAGGUGCCAAUUGCCCUGCCUGACAUGGUCCGUGGCCUCAUGGCACAUCAUUACACGUUUAAACAGAUAAUCAUCUGUGGCCAGCCUGAUGCAGAGGACACAGCCAGUCUCAUUGCCUGUGUCAACUCCCUGUUUCUUCCCUAUAAAGUUUUGGUACUGGCAGACGGUAAUAUAGAAGGUUUCCUCUACGAGAAGCUGCCUGUCCUCUCCUCAUUGAUUCAGCAAGAGGGUAAAGCCACAGCGUAUGUGUGCCAGGACUUCACCUGCACCUUGCCUGUCACAUGCCCACAGGAGCUCAGGAGACUCCUGCUAGAUUAAUGAAUGAUCAGCUGAAGUGGCAUUAUAGGUUGUCGCUGGUGGGGACAGUCACUUUUUUUCAUGUGUGUCAUAAGGACACCGGUCAAGAAACAGUGGUGAAAUACUGAGAUUAUAAUGAGAAAAUGGGUUCAUUAGAAAAACUGCUCUCUAUUGCCUUCUCACACGUAAACAUACCCUAUACCCAAUUAUUAGCAGAAAGUGCUCUGAGAUUUAAUAACCAAACCAGGUAAAUGCAUUGAUUGUGACAGGGAAUAUAUCAGCUAAAUGCUCUUAAUACACCAGCAUGUUUUAUUCGACCUGUCUGUACAAUAAACCUGAUCCAACUCUGGUUCAAUCCCAUUCUACUCUUCCCCACAAGAUUUCGCGAUCAAUAUUUAAAGCAGUGAAUCAUACAAUGCAUGCAUAAACUGAGCUCUAGCUUGAAAGAAUACUGAAAAAUCUCACUGAAUAGCAUUCUUCUAGCAUGCAUUCUGUGUUUUGUGUGUGCCUGCUGCUUAUUAUCUAUUGAUGGAUAGAAUUUAACAUGAACACAUUCUAUUAGUAUGGCUGGGAUUCAUAAUUUAAAAGGUGCCUCAGGAGCAUAACUCACAUUACUCUGAUACAGUUCCAGUUUCUUUGCACUGACGCAAGUGUUGUGUAAUAUGGAAAGACAGAAUUAAGUAUUUUGUUCAAUCUCAUUCUUUCUCUAUAUUAAGGCCAUUCUCAUAAUUUUUCUCAUCUGAUGUCUGAUCUGGACUUCAUGUGGUUAAUAUGAGCUUAGGGCUUUAGUGUGAUGUGAAUGUCAGACAGCAACAGCUGUGAGUAAACAAAUGCAAGGACAUAGAAAACAAUGAAUAAAACUCUGGCAUUAUGUCUCUGCCACAAUCUUUUCUCCAUAGAAAUAGAACAAGAGGCAGGCAGAAAAUCUGCCCUACCCAUGAAUAAUAGCACAGAGAGUAGAACCAGACAAAUUUGCCAUCAGUGGGUGCUGAUUGUCACUGCCAACUCCCUCCCUGGCAUCUCAGAAUCCGCUGGGAGCCACGUUUCCCAGUAAAUGUGAGCUGGCAAGCAAGCUUCCACAAAGGAAGCAGGUAAGGAGGGGCUGUGUUCUAGUUCUGUCCUGUCGUCUUUUCAGUCAAUGCUCAUCAAGAGUCAGUACAGCUCAGCUUUACUCACAUCUUCCACAUCAGUUUUUUUCUAGCACAGUUCCUCAGCUGGUUUGAUAAAGUGCAGUGCUUUCAUUGAUGCCCAUUCCUUUAGAAAUGUAUAAAACACUGAAAAUGUCACUCUAAAUAUAUUCCACAGAGGAUAAGGGGGAACAUAGACCACACUUUGUAAUACAUUCUUUUUAUCCCUAAGUUUAUCUACUUUUUCCUUUUUAUGCAGAAAUGGGUUCACUGUUUUAAUAAAGCAUGGCAUGGAAACACAUAUUUAGUAUAUGAUUCUACUUUAAAUCUGUCCUUUCAACCUGGAACAAGUGUCCGAGUCAAGUCUCAAGUCACUGAGAUGCAAGCCUGAGUCAAGACCAAGUCUCUGAGUCUAAGGGGGCUUUCACAGUGGCAGUUUAGUCUGAAACAGAGCACGGUUUGCAAGAAAAAAUGGUAAUGUGAAUAUGGACCAGGAAGCACAUAGCAAUACCGAACCCGACACUAAGGUUCUGUUUACACUAGUGUGUUCUCUUUUUAAAUGCACAACUUUUGCCACGGUUAUGCCUGUUGUUACACUCCGGUGUUUUCGACCCUUGAAAACGGAGACUUUUGGAAACGCCAAAGACCCAGUUUUAGGUUGAAAACUCUGGCCUCGCGUUUCAUUGUAAACAGACCAAAACGAAGAUUUUUGAACACGAAGGCGUGGCUGCCCACAUUCGUCCCUUGAUUGGCUCUUCUGGAUCAUUGCGUAUCCUUCCUUGAUUCAUCAAGGCCUUACCAUAUGACCAUCACACUACCUUGAUCUUGUACACAACAACACGGAGACUGAACUGCAAGCUUUGCUAGCCUUUUUGUCAUUCUUAACAGCCAUUGUGCAGUUAAAUUCUGUAUUUUAUAAUACUGCAGCUGCCUACACGUGCAAGAGGCGAACUAUGAUUAGAGCAAUCUUUUCUCAUUUCAAUCGACGUAAGCCCUACAUGGAACGCCAUUUUUUGUGCCUGCCGGUGACUAGCAUUGUUGCGCCUGCCGGUGACUAGCAUCCAGCUUCCCGUUUACACUUGUAUGCCCAGUGAGCAUGAACGUCAUGUGGCAUGCGUAUUCAGUCGUGUAGUGUGGACGGAGACCGUUUCUGAAACACAGCGGAAACGCCAGUGCGUACAAGGAUCGUUUUCAUUUUAAAACACUGUUUUAAAAAUGAAAGCGCACUAGUGUAAACAGGGCCUAAGUGUAGUACACCCUUGGCCUCAGAAGCUACUAUUGCCCCCUUUAGCAGAAAUAACUUGUCCACCAGACUUGGUGGAAUUUUUGACCACUCUUCCAUGCAAUAUUCUUUCAGUUGCAAGAUGUUUGAGGAUUUUCUUGCAUGUAUGGCCCAUUUCAAACCCCCCUCAACUUUCGGACAGGUGGCCUCAAAUUAUGUUCAAGCACUCUUUGAUAUGAUGCAGAAUUUAUAGUUGAAUCAAUGAAUGCAAACCGUCCAGUCCCUGAGGCAGCAAAGCAACCCCAAACCCUUACAUUUCCACCACCGUGCUUCACAGUGGGUAUGAGGUGUUUCUCCUGAAAAGCUGUCUUUGGUCUGCACCAAACAUGUCUGCUGUUGCUGUGACCAAACAAAUGUAUCUUUAAUUCGUCUGUCCAGAACACAGUAUUCCAAAAGGCCUGGUCUUUGCACAUUGCUAUAUGCUCAUUGGCAAACUAUAAUCUUGCAAAGUUUGUGCAAUCACUUUCUGAUUGUAGAAGCAUGCACUUUUACACCAACAGUUGAAAGACGUACUUGCAGAUCCUGUGAUGAAAUUUUGGGGUUCUUGGAGACUUCUUUUUGCAUCAGACGGUCUGCUCUUGAACUGAAUUUACAGGGAUGGCCAGUCUUGGACAAAUUGGCAGUCGUUUGAAAUCUGCGCCAUUUGUAGAUUAUUUUCCUUACAGUGGAAUGAUGUAUUUCAAAUAAUUUGGAGAUCUUUUUAAAUCCCUUGCCAGACUCAUAGGCAUCCACAACCUUUUUCUGAAGGCCUUACAGAACUUUUUAGAUCUUGGCAUGAUGACACCACACACCUCAAUAGCAAAUGGAACACCAGACACUAGAUAUGAGAAGAGUUUAAAUAAGACAUGCACUCCAUAAGCAGGUUAAAUCACUGGCACCCAAUUUUGAACACCUGAUUCUAAUUUUAUGGACUUGAAGGUGUGAUAAAUGUAGGGGUGUACAUACUUUUGUAAUUACUACAAAAGGUCAAUUUUGCGUGUCAGUUGAUAGAGUGUAUAAAUUUUUUUAAUAGUUUCAAAGAAGAUCAAAUGUUUGCUUGUUUGCUCCAAAUACGUUUUAAAAAUCAGACAGUUUCCAUGGGGUGCACUUAUUUCUUUACAUUACUCUGUGUGUGUGUGUGUGUGUGUGUGUGUGCACGUAUAUUUAUAAAUAUCUAUCUAUCGAUAUAUCUCGAUAGAUAGAUAGAUAUUAAUAUUUUGGACAUUCAACAAACAGCCUUCUAUAGUCACAUCUUUAUUAUGGUUCAAUAUAGUAAUCUAUUUCUAUCAUGAUUCAUUGAAAUGCUUCCCACACUGUCCUUGGAAGAGAUACAACAAUAAUAGUUCCAACUUGUAGUGUGUGUAUCCAGAAAGACAUCGUAAUAAUAACGACCACUUUAGUAUCUGUGUCAAACUUAGCUUUCUAAUAAUGCAUUUACCCUAUUUAUUGAAUGAGGAUAAACAAAACCCCCUUCAGAGCACAUUCUGGAUAUAGUUUUAGUUACAUAUUUCAGUUAUCUUUUCUAAUCUUCUGUAACUAAGCAUAGACUAUACGGGUUUGUUUACUUACAUUUUAGUGACUUUAACUGCACUAUUAACAAAUAUAUAUUAAUAAAACAUCUCUGCUAACAACACUGUGCUGCACUUAAUUUUUUUUUCCAGUGUUGCACUUAUUUACCACUUUGAGCUGUACGCUAAUAAUACUGUAACAAAUUACUGUGUGUGGCAAUCACAGAACUGACUGACAAAGCUGCAAAUGUAAGGUAAAAAGAGCAUUUUUAUUCGUUUGUUGUCUUUAUUUUCCUAAUGCAUUAUUUUUUUCCCUUUAGUGUUUAAGUUUGAGUCGUGAGUCAAGUGUGACUUGAGUCAACAUCCCUAAAUCGAGUAACCAGUCUCUGCCUGGAAAGUCCAAGAUCCAUCAUCUUCUACCCAGCCUUGGAGCUGUGGAAGCACAGGUCCCCUUGGAGAUCAUUACUGUGAGUGGGUUUUAGAUCAGUGCAUCCUUAUCUUUAGCAGCUGCCUGUAUAAUAAGGCCACAUGAGGCCCUGUGUACCUGGGGUCAUUCCACCAUCCAAGUGUGGUAAUGCAGCAGCACUGAGAGACUGAGCAUGGGAUGCCUGUUUACUCCUUGGAGCUCCUGUGAAAGAAUAUUAAAUUCCACAGCUGUGAAAAAAUAGCCAGUGAAAAUGCAGAUUGUGCAAUAAUUUAAAAUGAUUACAUGUUUUAUAUUUUGUUACUCAGCAAUUAAUAAUUAGCAUUAGCAUCUUAACCACAAAUAUUAGCUAUGAUAUUGUCAGUAGCACAUUUAGCAGGACACUAGCCACACAGAGCAAAGCUGAAAGUACAGGAAGGAGCUGUGUAGAAUACCUUAUAGAAUACCUUAUUCUAUUGUUUUUGCUUAAAGCUUUCACUAAUUAUGCUCCUUUUUUAGAUGCAAAGCCUGACUUGUUACUUAUUCACUCACUAAUUCACUCAUGUUUAGCAAACUAACUAUUCCAGUCAGACUUGAGUCAGAAGUUUGAUGACUGCAGGGGGGUGCUUAUAAAAGGUAGACGGAAUAGGCUGGAAACAUGUUCCCAAGGAUUGUUAGCUUCAAUUAUAAACACUAUGCUGUUAACAUCAUGAAUAAAAUUCCACAUGGGGAAAAGAGCACAGAUGGAGGUGCAACAACACUCCACUUUUUAAAAAAUAUUUCAAGCUAGAUGCAGAUGUAUUUUCCUUGUGCGAGCAGCACCAUGGCAUCUGUUUUCAUUUUUUGCUUCAGUGAGCUGGGACUAGAGGUUUCCAUGGCCAAACCUGAGCUCAGGAGGUGCCUUGGACACUGCUCUGCGUUUUUUAGGCGGUUUGGUCCCACUAGGUCUUCCUCUUUUGUGUGUCUAAUAAAUGCACAGGCUACAAAUACCUUCAACUGCAGAAUGAUAUCUAUGCUUCCCAUGUGUUUAUUGUACAGCCUUGCUGAAAAUAGCCUUUGGAUGUUGGUUAUGGUUAUUUUUUUUCUUGUACCAUUUCUGAGCCAAAUUCUGUGGGGAUUGACCAUUGCAGGAUGAAGCAAUGUAGAUCACGGAACUGUCUAACCAUACAGUGCCCUCCAUUAAUAUUUGGACCCUUGGUAAAUAGGAGAAAAUUGUUUUUAAAAAAUCAUAAAAAUACUCUGCUCUCAUGGAUUUCAAACAAUUGCAAACACAAUACAGGUUUAUAAAAUACAAUAUCUUUGUUAAAUAUAGGUGUGCAACAAUUAUUGGCAACCCUAUGAAUUCAUAUGUGAAAAAAUAUUGACGUAUAUUUCCAUUUAAGUAUAUUGAAGUAUAUUGAAGUAUAUCUCAUUGAUAUUUGGCAUUUUUUUAGUACAACUGGGUGACUAUGAACAGGAAAUUGUUCAACCAUGACUUCCUGUUUCGCAGGGGUAUAAAUGUGAGGUAACACAUAUGCCAAAUUCCUUUUGUCAUUCAUAACAAUGGGUAAGACCAAGGAAUAUAGCUGUGAUGUGCAGCAAAAGUUGUUGAGUUUCACAAAAUGGGAAGUGGUUAUAUGCAUAUAGCAACAACAUUGAAAAUGCCCAUUUCUACCAUCAGGGCAAUAAUUAAGAAGUUCCAGUCAACUGGAAAUGUUAUAAAUCAACCUGGAAGAUUGAAUAGUCUCAAUGCACUGUGAAGAGGACGGUUCGAGUGGCCAAAAAAUCUCCAAGGAUCACAGCUGGAGAAUUGCAUAAGUUAGUUGCGUCUUGGGGUCAGAAAGUCUCCAUAAUUACAAUCCAAAAUCCACAUCACCACAAGUUGUUUGGAGGGUUUCAAAGGCAAAGGGGGCUAGCAAAAAGUAUUGACUAAAAGGGUGCCAAUAAUUGUUGCAUACCUACAUUUAACAAAGAUAUUGUUUUUUGAUAAACCUGUGUUUUGUUGAAGUUAUUUGAUAUCCAUCUUUUGAAUGAAGUGAUUUCUUUUAACAAAAAAUCAAAAGGUUAAACAAUAAAGACAAUUUUUCACAGCCUUCUUUGCUCAUAUUUACCAAGGGUGCCAAUAUUAGUAGAGGACACUAUAUAUAGAAUAUAGUGUAUACAUAUAUACCUUAUUGGGAACUCCUGUACAUCAGCCAAUCAUAUUUCACUCACUAGGAUUUACACAAAAUAGUACAGAAACAAAUCUUCCAGUGAGUGGCAUGUGGAAACACAUUGUUGAUUAGAGAGGUCAGAGGAGAAUGGCCAAAGUGGUUCGAACUGACUGGAAAGCUACAGUAACAUAAAUAACUACUCUUUACAACUGUGGUGAACGGAAAAGCAUUUCAUAAUGCAAAGUAAAUCAAACCUUGAGCACAGCAACUUGAAUCUAUCACUUGGAUGGUCUGAAACAGCAGAACACCACAUCAGUGUUCCACAUCUCUCACCCAAUAACAGGAAUCUGAGGCUACACAGCCUUACCAAAACCAAGGUUUUACCAAUCUUCACCUGCCCAGCUGACCAGGAGUGGAACCUGAUGUGAUCUUUGGCAUGUUUGUUCUGGGAUGCUUUUCUACUCACCAUGGUGAAUUUGCUGUCAAUUCUUUGUACCUGUAGCCUUUCAUUGUAUCCUUAGGGGCAGUGGUGGCUCAGUGGUUAAAGGCUCUGGGUUACUGAACAGGAGUUCUUGCCCUAGCCAAGCUACCACUGUUGGGCCCUUGGGCCCUUAACCCUCAAUUGCACAGUUGUAUAAACUAGAUAAAUGUAAGUCUGGAUAAGGGCGUCUGCCAAAUGCCAUAAAUGUAACCUUAGAAACAGGAUCAAUUAUGGGAGCAAAGAAAACUAACAUGUGCGAUUAAAGAAAUGAAACUCACCCACUCUUUUAUAUGGUUCUCAAAAGAAUCUUUCCCCCAGAGGGACAAUCUAAAAAUUUUUUAUAGGGUGCUAGAUGUAUCCUUCCUUUCUCAAAGUGCUAUAUGUUCUUGUAAUGCUAUUUAUUUUGUCACUCUGACAACACAAGAACCUUUCUUAUUCGUCAGCAUUCUGACUUUUUGAAGACUUGUUAAUGAGUGAGUCAGUCUUAUAAAAGGAAUGUUUCCAGCAGAGCCAAGCCUUCAUGAGACUUUGACUAAAGCAGGCUGGAGAGACUUACUGGAGGACUGCUCAGGAGGUUAGGCAGCCAUUGAUUUCUUCCUGUGUGUGUCUUGUGGGAUAUUGGCUGAUGAUCGGUAGGGUCAGAUACCCAUAAGGAGGCAGUGGAACCCACUGCUCAUGCCAUGUUGCUUAUAGAUCCAUUCUCUAUUGAUCAUAUGAGCGGGAAGGUAACUCUCUCACAAACAAAUGGGCAUCAUGUUUUAUGACCUCUGAGUAAUGAAAGAAACUUUAGAUCAGACACAUUUUAACCAAAACGUUGCAUGUGUAAACUCGCUUUUGAAUUGCUUUUUUAUGGGAAGGUUAC